UAUCAGAACUUUAUUAAUUAUGUGUUUUUAUUACUAUAUGGAAAUAUCGGUAUGAUACUAAUAUCCUAAUGAAUCGAACCAAAUAACCGAUACAAAAGCACCUUGGGAAUUCUAAGCUUGAGCCCGAAUUUAAAUAAGCAAAUCCGUGACAAAACACCCUUCUCCAAGACAUCUUCUUGAGGCACGGGGCCAUACCACCAGCGAGAAAUCACUGUUACAUUUCCUAAACCAAACCCUAGGUCAAUUAUCACUCCUCCAUCUUCCACUCAUCGUCAAGCAACCAUGGGUUCAGACGCAGAUAUGGAGGAUUAUGGAUUCGAGUACUCUGAGGAGGAACCUGAAGAACAAGAUGUGGAUAUUGAGAAUCAGUAUUAUAAUUCGAAAGGUUUGGUUGAGACUGACCCAGAGGGUGCACUUAGCGGAUUUGCAGAAGUAGUUCAGAUGGAACCAGAGAAAGCAGAAUGGGGGUUCAAAGCACUUAAACAGACUGUGAAGCUUUAUUACCGUUUAGGGAGGUACAAAGAGAUGACAGAUGCGUAUAGGGAGAUGCUAACUUACAUUAAGUCCGCAGUGACUCGAAACUAUAGUGAAAAAUGUAUAAACAGUAUCAUGGAUUUUGUAUCUGGUUCCGCUAGUCAAAACUUUGGUCUUCUACAAGAGUUCUAUCAAACCACCUUGAAAGCACUUGAAGAAGCAAAAAAUGAGAGAUUAUGGUUCAAGACUAACCUUAAGCUUUGCAAGAUCUAUUUUGACAUGGGCGAGUAUGGUAGAAUGAAUAAGAUCUUGAAGGAGCUUCACAAAUCUUGUCAGCGGGCAGAUGGGACCGAUGAUCAAAAGAAAGGAACUCAGUUGUUGGAAGUUUAUGCAAUUGAGAUUCAAAUGUACACGGAGACAAAAAACAACAAAAAACUGAAGCAACUUUACCAAAAAGCACUUACUAUAAAAUCAGCAAUUCCCCAUCCUAGGAUCAUGGGUAUCAUACACGAGUGUGGUGGCAAAAUGCAUAUGGCAGAACGCCAAUGGGCAGAAGCAGCUACUGACUUUUUUGAAGCUUUUAAAAACUAUGAUGAAGCUGGGAAUCAAAGAAGAAUUCAGUGCCUCAAAUACUUGGUACUGGCUAACAUGCUUAUGCAAUCUGAGGUCAAUCCUUUUGAUGGGCAAGAGGCAAAACCAUACAAAAAUGAUCCGGAAAUCUUGGCAAUGACGAACUUGAUUGCAGCAUAUCAACGGAAUGAAAUAUUGGAAUUUGAGAAGAUUCUCAAGAGUAACAGAAGAACUAUCAUGGAUGAUCCCUUCAUCAGAAAUUAUAUUGAAGAUCUUCUUAAGAACAUCAGAACUCAAGUGUUACUCAAACUCAUUAAGCCGUACACAAGAAUCAGGAUCCCUUUCAUAUCAAAGGAGCUUAAUGUGCCUGAGGCUGAUGUAGAACAGCUGUUGGUCUCUCUGAUAUUGGAUAACCGGGUUCAAGGGCAUAUCGAUCAAGUUAAUAGGCUGUUGGAGUGUGGGGACAGGUCAAAGGGAAUGAAGAAAUAUACUGCUGUGGAGAAAUGGAACACACAACUUAGGUCGCUUUAUCAAAGUGUUGGCAACAGGGUUGGUUGAGAUGUUUGAAAGUAUAAGUUUUGAUCAGUGAGUAGUGAUUGCUACUUUGGCAUAUUUUGUUCAUCAUGGCAAGUGGGGAUAUUAGUUGCACACAAUGUGGAGUUGAUAUAGUAUUAUUUGUCCCCUUCAUCACUAUCUUGCGCCUCUAAUUUUACGAUAUCUUUAUAUUUCAUCUUUUGAAUUGAUGA